CGAUCAGAACAACCAUAUCAGGAUAAGGCUCCUUCUUCCUCCGAACCAAAAUUAGCUGAAAGGGGGAAACACAGUCAGUCUAACAAUGGCAGCGAUAUCGGUAAUUUCGUCCCUAUGUGUUUCGACCGUCCGCGUUCCUUCAGCUUCACUUGUAUUCUCCACUGGUUCUAGAAGUUCCUCCAUAUCUCUAAAUACCGCAAACAACGCUUCUGCCCGUCCUGGACUGCUUCAUUGUUCGUUUCUUCCUUCUUCCUCCCUUUCGUGUAAAUCAUCUUUCUCAGGCUUGUCGUUGGGUUUGGAUUGGAGUCCUAAAAUUGGGGUCGGACAAGGAAAGCGUCGGAGCUUAGUGGUUAGGGCUGGAAAGGCUGCAUUAUGUCAGACCAAAAGAAACAGGUCGCGUAAAUCCUUAGCUCGGACUCAUGGCUUUCGCCGACGAAUGCGAACCACCAAUGGUAGAGCUGUUCUAAAGCGCAGACGUGCCAAGGGUAGAAAGGUUCUCUGCACAAAGUCCAACCCUAGCAGCGGAAAGCGUGCUUAAGCUUUUCUCGCUUUAACUAUUUCUAAGGUAAAUUAGGCAAUGUUGUCUAAUUCACUCUUCGAAUGACUGCUCAAGAUAGCUCAUUAUAUUAUAUUAUGCUUUGUUAUUGAUUCAUUUGAAUGUUCCUUAACUCAGAUUAUCAAUGUUAAAUUCAAAUUACUGGAUUGCAAAUUACUGGAUUGGACUAGCUUAUGUGAUUCA